CCAAGUGUAUGUAUUCCCCUUUCUUACAACCCAACAUUUACUUUUCCUUUCACUUAGCAGAUUCAUUAAAUAUAAGAAGAAAGAAACUCUCGUUAAUCCUGUGCACAUGAAUCAAGUGUUUCAUCUCACACUCUGAAAUCUGAUUCAAUUGAAAUGGCAACUCCUAAUUCAACUUGUCCACCACCAAUGAAGGCCACGUCCAAUGGGGCGUUCCAACACGAAAAUCCAUUGGAUUAUGCGCUUCCCUUAUUAAUCCUUCAGAUAUGUAUUGUUGUGGCCUUCACCAGAUUCCUUGCAUUCCUUUGCAAACCUCUCAGACAACCGAGAGUUAUCGCAGAGGUCAUUGGAGGAAUACUACUUGGACCAUCUGCAAUUGGGAGGAGUAAGAAAUUCCUGGACACAGUUUUCCCCAAGAGAAGCUUAACUGUGCUUGAAACUGUGGCCAAUGUUGGUCUUUUAUUCUUCUUGUUUCUUGUGGGUCUUGAGCUUGAUUUUCGUUCUAUACGCAGAACUGGUCACAAGGUCUUAGGCAUUGCCCUUGCUGGCAUCACAUUCCCUUUUUUGCUUGGCAUUGGCACCUCCUAUGCUCUUAGAGCCACCAUAUCCAAAAAUGUUGAUUCAACACCAUUUCUUAUCUUCAUGGGUGUUGCUCUCUCAAUCACUGCUUUUCCUGUCCUUGCUCGUAUCCUAGCUGAGCUCAAACUCCUCACAACUGAUGUUGGUCGCAUAGCAAUGUCUGCAGCUGCUGUGAAUGAUGUUGCAGCAUGGAUACUACUCGCUCUUGCCAUAGCUCUCUCUGGCUCCAACACAUCCCCACUUGUUUCUCUGUGGGUCAUACUUUGUGCUGCUGCUUUUGUCCUCUUUGCUACCUUUGCCAUAAGACCCAUACUUGCAAUAAUGGCUAAGCGUUCUCCUGAGGGUGAGCCAGUGCAGGAGAUCUACAUAUGCAUCACCUUGACACUAGUAUUGGCUUGCAGUUUUGUCACUGAUACUAUUGGCAUUCAUGCACUCUUUGGGGCUUUUGUGGUUGGCGUUGUUAUGCCUAAGGAUGGUCCCUUUGCUGGGGUGCUGAUUGAGAAGAUAGAGGACCUUGUAAUGAGCCUUUUCUUGCCACUCUAUUUUGUGUCUAGUGGUUUGAAGACUAAUGUGGCAACUAUAAGUGGAGGACUCUCUUGGGCUAUGUUGGUGCUUGUUAUUUUAACUGCUUGCUUCGGAAAGAUCAUUGGCACAUUCCUUGUGUCAUUGUUGUGUAAGGUGCCUUUUAGAGAAGCCUUAGCCCUUGGAUUUCUCAUGAACACCAAGGGCUUGGUGGAGCUCAUUGUUCUCAACAUUGGCAAGGAUCGCAAGGUGCUGAAUGACCAAACAUUUGCAAUUUGUGUUUUGAUGGCAUUGUUCACUACUUUCAUCACCACCCCAAUAGUAAUGGCAGUGUACAAACCAGCACGUAGGGGAUCACCUUACACACAUAAAACAGUUCAACGCAAUGAUCCUGACACAGAGCUACGAGUGUUGGCAUGCUUUCACAGUUCCCGCAAUAUUCCCACCUUAAUCAACCUAAUAGAGUCAUCUCGUGGAACCAGAAAGCGUGGAAAGUUAUGCGUGUACGCCAUGCACUUGAUGGAACUCUCAGAACGACCCUCAGCCAUCACAAUGGUUCACACGGCACGCAACAAUGGCAUGCCCUUUUGGAACAAAAAACAUGACAACAGAGACCAAAUGGUGAUUGCAUUUCAGGCUUAUGGGCACCUAAGUAGUGUCAAUGUUCGUCCCAUGACAGCCAUAUCAGCUUUCAACACCAUCCAUGAAGACAUUUGUACUAGUGCACACCAAAAAAGAGCAGCAAUAAUUCUCCUACCAUUCCACAAACAUCAACGUUUUGAUGGCACAAUGGAGUCACUAGGAAACUCAUUCAGUUCAAUGAACGGACAUGUGCUUAGACAUGCACCUUGCUCAGUGGGAAUUUUGGUUGAUCGUGGCCUUGGAGGUACAAGCCAAGUCCAAGCCAGUGAUGUAUCCUACACAGUUGUUGUGGCCUUCUUUGGAGGACGUGAUGACCGAGAAGCACUUGCUUAUGGAAUGAGAAUGGCUGAACACCCUGGAGUUUCACUUGCUGUUGUGAAGUUUGUAGUUCCAGUUGGCAAGACAUUGGCCUUUGGUGCCAAGCUGAUUGGUGUAACAGCCAACGAGGACAAGAAAGUGAUAGAAGUGGAUGAUGGCUCUACCUAUGAUGAAGAAAAACAACAGGAUGCUCAAUUUUGGUCUGAGUUCUUGAUUGUGUGUUGCAACAGCUCAGAGUCAAUAAUGUAUGAGGAAAGGUUGGUAGAAAGCAAAGGAGAAAUUAUAGGUGCAUUGAGGGAGAAGAAUAAGAGCAAUCUGAUUUUGGUAGGUAGAAUGCAGCCAGUGGCACCUUUGAUAAACAGAAGUGAUUGUCCCGAACUUGGUCCUGUUGGAAGCUACUUGGCUUCUUCGGAGUUCUCCACUUCUGCAUCAGUUUUAGUGUUUCAGCAAUACAAUCCCAAAACAGAUGUUUAUCCAUUGGUUAUGGAAGUUUCUGAUUACAUGAAUAUGCCAGACACACCAACACGUUCUCCAGGUAGAGAAGCACGUGCUAUAUAGAAUCAGGUUAAAGUUGUUACUGGAGUUAGUGACUCCAAAACCUGAUGAUUAUUAAUAAAGUUUUUUGGUUACAUCU